GAACCGCGCCGCGAAUGCCUAAUGUCCAAGGCACAUCAAAGUUGUUGAAACAGAGUUUACUGAUUAUAAGUUAUAUGAAUGAUAUCUUUUGAAAUCUAUUUUUUUAUGUUGUUUGUAUCGAAACGAAACAAUGCCGAAAGUAAAUACGAUACUUAAUUAUUUCACGUCUCCAAAAAAUGUCAAAAAGCCGGAGGCGAAGAAAGAGCAAGUAGAAAAUCCGCGAACACCCAACACAGAACAAAGGAAAAAAGAGCUUAUUGGAAAUAAUGAAAAAGAAAAUCAAAAUACUAAUGAUAGAAAAAGAUUACAUAAAAAGAAUGAUGAUAAGGAAGAAAAUGAGCCUAUAAAAAUUAAAAGAAGACGCCUAAUUAUUCCUGAUGAUGAUUCUGAUGAAGACACUGAAAAUGAAUUCAAGCCAGAUUCCAAAUGUGAAGAAUCUGAGUCAAUUUCGGAAAAAGACAUAGAGCAUGAAUCUUCAACAGAAACGGAAGAAGAUACACCAAAAAAAAAAAGAAAGAGAUCCAGUGUUAAAUCCAAGCCAGAACAAGCAAAUUAUUCAUCUAAUAAAGCAGAUAAAAAAGAAUUGAAACAGUCUGCACAAAUUCAAAGUCAGACAGUGAAUAAUGGACUUGCUGCUGCACAUGUUUGGCCUCACUUGAAAUUAGAUUUUCUGCAGCCAGACAAAAUAAGGGAUAUACAGAGGAGAACAUUAAAGGAUCCAAAUUAUGAUCCUAGAACACUUUAUGUACCAAUUGAUUUCUUAAACAAUCAAACUCCUGCAAUGAGGCAGUGGUGGGAGUUAAAAAGUAAGCAUUUUAAUUGUGUACUUUUCUUCAAAGUCGGCAAAUUCUACGAGUUGUAUCACAUGGAUGCAGUUAUCAGUGUUAAUGAGCUUAGCCUCACAUAUAUGCGAGGUGAAUUCGCACACUCUGGAUUUCCCGAAAUCGGCUAUGGUCGUUAUUCGGCAAGCCUCAUAGAAAGAGGUUACAAAGUUGCACGAGUCGAGCAAACAGAAAACCCAGAGAUGAUGGCAGCGCGCUGCAGCAAAAUGACUAAGUCAACAAAAUUCGAUAAAGUUGUAAAGCGAGAAAUUUGUCAAAUCAGUACAAGAGGCACUAGAGUGUAUACUCCAUUAGAUGUGGAAGCAUCUACACCAAACUCCAAUUAUCUGUUAUCUUUAGUAGAAAGAUGCGAUCCUGGUCAGACAACCAGCUCCUUCGGAAUAUGCUUUAUAGACACAACAAUAGGCGAAUUUAAUCUCAGUCAAUUUGACGAUGACUAUUGCAAUUCCAGAUUGUUGACUCUGCUGGCUCAUCAUCCACCGGUGCAUGUAAUAUACGAACGUGGUAAUCUAUCGCGAAAAACUUUGCAGCUUAUAAGUAACACUCUACCAGCAGCGCUAAAAGAAUCGCUACAACGCGAAGCACAAUUCUGGUCCGCUACAACUACAUUAAAAAAUCUUCAUGAAGGCGAUUAUUUCAAGAAGGAGAAAGAUUCCAACUUUGCAUGGCCUGAAGGUUUAAAAUCAUAUCUUAAUGAAGGAGAUAGCUUGGGUUUAACACCAGCCAAUAAUAAAGAAUUAGCAGUACAUGCAUUAGGAGGAUGUGUGUACUUAUUAAAAGAGUUUCUGCUCGAACAGCAACUAUUGGCACAAAGUUGCUUUAAUACUUACAUUCCACCGGAUUUCUCAGCUGCAAACAAUCGCGCAGGUCUCAAUUACACAAAUACCAUGGUGAUAGAUGCUGUUACAAUAAAAAAUUUAAAACUUUUUGGAGAGAAUUCGCUCAAUAGUACUUUGGAUCGUUGUUGUACUGCAUUUGGAAAAAGAUUGUUGCGUGAAUGGAUCUGUAGGCCAUCUUGUCGUAAAGACAUUAUAAUGAAACGCCAGGAAGCUGUGCAGGAAUUGGUAGAUCGAAUAGACAUGAUACAAUCAGCUCGCGCAAUUUUGUCAACUCUACCGGAUCUUGAAAGAUUAUUAAGCAAAAUACAUGCUCAGGGAAAUGCAGCUAGAAUGAAAAAUCAUCCUGAUGGCAGAGCAAUAAUGUUCGAAGGCCCAACGUAUUCGAAGAGGAUAAUUGUAGAGUUUACCACGACACUCGCUAAAUUCGAAGAAGUUUUGAAAUUUAUUGAGCUGUUUAAUGAUUUUAAAAGUAACCUGAUAAGCCACUGUACUCAAUAUGAACCAGAUGGUGAUUUCCCUCAUUUAAGGGAAAUAUUAGAUUACUUUAAGACCGCAUUUGAUCAUGAAGAAGCCAAAAAGCAAGGUUGCAUUGUUCCUAAAAAAGGAGUAGAUGUCGAAUAUGAUUUAGUCUUGGAUGAACUUGCGAAGAACAAAAAAGAUAUAGACAAAUAUUUAGAAAAACAAAAACGGCACUUUGAUGCAAACAUAACAUUUUUUGGAACAGAUAAGAAACGUUAUCAAAUCGAGAUUCCUGAGUCGCGAGUUAAGAAAGUUGGUCCCGGGUAUGAACUGCAGUCACAAAGAAAAGGUUUUAAACGUUAUUAUACUGCCGAGGCAAAGGAACUUUUAGCAAGACAGAUAAAUACAGAAGAACAUAGAGAUAAAGUACUGAAGGAUCUUAACAGGAGAAUAUUUGCGCAGUUUAGUGAAAAGUAUGAUAUGUGGCAUGCAGCCAUUUACAAAGUGGCAACCAUGGACGUGCUCAUUUCUCUCGUGGAUUACGCUCGAAACGGCGAUAUGUGUAUACCGGAGAUUCAUGACGGAUUAGAUGGUGAGAUCUUCAUCAAGAUAAAAGAUGGAAAACAUCCUUGUAUUGUAUCUGAUAACUUUAUUCCCAAUGACACCUUAUUGGCAUGUGAUGAUGCUGCCUCCUUUAUGAUUCUGACAGGACCAAACAUGGGAGGCAAGUCAACUCUCAUGCGUCAAGUCGGCUUAAUCACGAUCAUGGCGCAAAUAGGCAGCUACGUUCCAGCUAGUUCAUGUUGCAUAACAUUGGUGGAUCGUAUUUUCACACGUUUGGGUGCUAAUGAUGAUAUUCUGACUGGUCAGAGCACAUUCUUGGUUGAAUUGAACGAAACUGCCACGAUGUUACAACAUGCUACGCCCUAUUCGUUGGUUCUUCUCGACGAAUUGGGACGUGGCACGUCAACCUAUGACGGCACGGCAAUAGCGGCUUCGGUUGUCGAUGCGUUGACUAAGUUAAAGUGUCGCACAUUAUUCUCGACUCAUUAUCAUUCUUUAGUUGAGGAUUACAAAACCAAUAAAGAGGUUACAUUAGCCCAUAUGGCAUGCAUGGUAGAAAUGGGCGAAGAAGAAAACGUAUCACAAGAGACGGUAACGUUCUUAUACAAGCUUAAUGAAGGAGCUUGUCCGAAAUCUUAUGGAUUCAAUGCCGCUCGACUAGCAGGUAUACCGUCAAUUAUCACAAAGAAAGCGCAUGAGAUAGCCAGCAAGAUAGAACAAGAAACUAAUGACAAACACAUUUUCAUUGCUCUUUGUAAAGCCAACAGUGCCCAAAUGAGGAAUUUUAUUACUGCUCUUUAAUAUGCCAAAUACAUUAUUAUGCAUAUAUAUUGAAUAAAUACUCAUAUAAUCGUUUUAAUGAUAUAAUCGUAAUAUAAAUCGUAUAAUAAAUCAUAUUUAUUCAUGAUUAUUGAAAGAAUAAAAUAAAUAAUUAUUUUUUGUAGCUAGAUUUAUGAAUUGUAAGUAUCCUUAAACGAAUUAGUUAUUAAUUCGGAAAUAAUAUAGAAAAAUAGACAUUACACUGUUCCAGGGAGAAACAAAGCAAACUAAUUUGCUUAUAAAAUUUUAUUCAUCAUUGUCAGAGUAUAAAAAGGCUACUUUUAUGACAAAUAUAUAUAUUGUGUGUGUUAUAAUUUAAUUUUACUCACAUCAAACCACUGCGUAAAAAUUUGCAUAGAAAAAAGAACUAAACGUGCACGACUCUUUGCUGUAAAAUAAAUACAUUCAAUUCAUGUACUACAUCCGCUACACUCGUAAAAAAAGCGAAGUGAUGACGAAAAUAUAUUAUAAAAUAUUAUUAUAAAAUACAUGAUGUAAGAGUGGGAAACAAAGUAUCGUCUCUAGACGCGCGCGCUUCAUAUAAAUUAUACGAUGACGAUAUUCCCUUUUUGAUUUUCGAGAAAUUUCUGAUUGUGUGACACAGUUAAAAGUAUAUUUAUAUUAUUAAACAGAAUCGGUAUCAAAAAUCGCGAGGAUAAUUCGCGAGAAAAAAAUGAGGUGAUAUCUCGUCGUUGACCGCGUUCUUUUCGAUGUUAAUAAAUAGUUGAUUAAGAAGGCACGAAGAUAAAAAAGCACUUGAUUUAUUUAAUGGGUUAUACAUAGUAUAGCUUUAUUUUUGGAAAUAACACAUGCCUACUUCUAAUGUAUAACUCCGACGUUUCCACAAUCCUAAUUCCAUCAUAAAACAUUGCUGUUUUUUAUCCAUUCCUCUGAUUUAUUUACGGAAUUUAUUUUUUGUAACAUUGCCACUAAUCAAUAUAAUACUCCAUUCAAAAUGUUCAUUAUCUUGCUAAUUAUUUUUACAUGUAGACACAUUUCAAUAUAUCUUUUCUCGAUAUUUGGCAAAAGAAAUUUUGAAUGGUACAACGAUCUUUUCCUUUCCUCACUCCUAAUCAAUGCCGUACUAUAUUGUGAUAAUCGCGAUAUUAUAAUUCUACGAUCUUGGUACUGUUCUGUAUAUGUAUAUGUGAAUAUCAUUGCCCUUCAUUUCGAGGUGACAGCGAAUUCUCGUAUAUUAGACAUGUGAUUCUCUAAAAUUUUAUAUGAUUGAGACGCAAUAUGCAACAUUGGAAACGAGCAAAAUACUGCGAUACCUGAUACGGCAGUCGUAUUCCAAUAUGAUAAGAUGAGAUUUCGAGUCGAAUAGAAAAUAUAAAUAAAACAAAUAAGCACUUUGAUAAAUAUGAUUGAUGCCUCAUAAAGCAAAUAAUUGAAAUAAUUUGCACAAUAUUUUCUUGCUUUAUGCUUUAAUUUUAAAAUAAAUGUUUUUGUUUUGACUUCUCUUAUCAUGAACAAUUUAUUCUUUUCUAUUUAUUUAUAAUGACUCAUUAUGUAUAAGCUGUUAAUGAGGAAAUCGCACUUUCUAGCAAAAUGAUUUACAGCUCGCGAAUCGUUCAUCGACCGACGCAACAUUUCAGUCAUGAAAAAAUAUACUUUACGCGCAAUGAUCGCUUUAACUACCUCUAUACAGUUACGCGAUAAAACUUGUACUAGAGUUGCUAAUUGAAGGACCGGUAAUUCACGCUCGAGAGAAACCCAGGACCGGUUUAUGCUCAUGUUUUCUACAUGUUAUUUCGUUUACGGCAACAAAGAUUAUAAAAAUUCCACUUAAAUACUUAAAAACUAUUAUUAAUUGCCAGUUAAAUAUUUUAUAAUUUAUCUUUUUUAAAAUAUAGAAUUCGCGCGUUACACAUGACUGAAAUCUAGGAUUUUAAAAAACCAAUAUUAAAUAUGAUAAAGAUUGUUGAUCGAAUUGCGUCGUUGAAAGAAUGCAAUUUUGCUCGUUUCUGCGUUGCAGAUAUUCGGAGAAUUGAUGAUUUUAUUAUUAUUAUAAUAUUUUCGUCCGUCCUCAUAUAUAUAUAUAUAUAUUAAUCCUCUCGACCUUCCUAACUGCGAAUAUCAUGUUAUAUUGAAUAUCUUCGUUUGAAUACUGGAGUAACUGAAUAUCACCAUGUAUUUAGGUCUGAAUUAAUUAAUUCAAAAAUGAUUAUUGGCGGAAAUAGUUAUCCAAAAAUCAAAAGGCCUAUAAAUGUUAUUAUUGCUCCUCUCUAUGCAUUUCUUU